AUGACUUCGUUAGCAACUCCUACAAGUAAUAUUCGCCAUGCUUUCAACAGGUUACCAUCACCUGCCAUCAACCUCCGAGCCUCGAUUCGCGUCAAACCAUACACUCCACUCAGCCAAAGCCAUUCUCGUGAAGAGGUUUUGACAAAGGUGACAUACAGCACGGUAGCAGCGAGACCAUCCGUCCGGACAGCGGACCUUCGUCAAGCGUGCUCACACCCAGGCGAUCGCGGACAUAUAUGCUCCCGUCAUACCCAGUCGGGAUCGAUGGCAGCUAUCAUUCAGCCCAGAUACAUCAACCGCGUCAGUCGAGAAACGUACGCCACUGAAGCGACCCCAAGUACAAGCACUGCAAUCGUUCAACCAUCGAUCCAUCCAGUAUUCCAGGACCAAACCGGCACAUGGCAAUACGUAGUAGCCGACCCGCGCACCAAGAAAGCUGUCAUAAUCGACGCGGUACUAGACUACGAUCCGUCGACGCAGACGGCGAGCACGAGCUCCGCGGACGCCCUGCUCGCCCUGGUCAGGGACCAAGGGUACGAAAUCGACAUGAUUCUCGAAACUCACGUACACGCCGACCACCCGACGGCGGCGGCGUAUCUGCGUGCAAAGCUAUCUCAGGAACCAGGCUCCUCGCCGAGCAUCGGCAUCGGCAAGCGCAUCAACCAUGUCCAAGAGCUCUUCGCGCAAAGGUACGGCGUGCCAGCCACGGAGUACGAAGGCGUGUUCGACAAACUCUUCGACGACGAUGAGACAUUCGACAUUGGAAGCAUGAGCGCACAGGCGAUUCACCUUCCAGGACAUACUCCUGACCACCUGGGCUAUAAGAUUGGAGAUAAUGUCUUCUGCGGCGACUCCCUUUUCCACGCCGACGUCGGUACUGCGCGCUGCGACUUCCCAGGCGGCAGCGCGCACGACCUCUUCAAGUCGACGCGCAAACUCCUCUCGAUGGCCGACGAGGUCAAGAUCUGGACGGGUCACGACUACCCUCCGGAAGGCCGCGCGAUUCCGCAACCGUACAUGACGGUGCGGGAGCACAGGGCGCUCAACAAGCACCUCAAGGACGACAUCUCAGAGGACGACUUCGUGACUCUGCGAAGGGAACGUGACGCACAGCUCGGCGAGCCCAGACUUCUGCACCAGUCUCUCCAGGUGAAUAUCAGGGCGGGACGACUCCCUGGACCCACGCCAUUCGGACAGCGGCUGCUUCAUCUGCCUUUGAAACUCAAAGUCAAGGAGUGGUAA